CAACACCCAGGGGUGUAUUUACCACAAGGCAAACAAGGCAUCUGCCUAAGGCAGCAUUUUUCAAAGGGACACACGCAGCAUGGGAACCUGGUGGGUUCCAAAAUAAGUUGCGGGUUUCAUGACGGUGUAUGCACAGCCCAACUCUCGUUCGGGGAUGUCCGGAGCUGUGAAGGUGAAUGUUUUUCUCUCUCUCGCCAUGGGGGAUGGUGGCUGGUGUAUGGGGGGCAGUGGUAGUGGAAUGCUCUCUCGGGUGGGAGUCAAGGGUGUUGUUGGUCAAUGUCAGGCUCUCUCUGUGGGGGGGGUGCCAAUUUUUGUGUUGCCUAG